AUGGAUGUGUACGGAUUGUGCAUAGAAGUUGUUCAGAUAGUGCCAGCGGCGUCAGAAAAUGGUGUCCGGUGUACGUCUUUUUCUGGGAAGUUCUCAUACAUCGAUGACAACGAUCUUUCUGUGGUUUCCGAUGUUGUUGCUAGAGAACCAUGGAGCUCUAGCUACCUUCAACGCUUAAAUAAAUACAGCAAAGAAAACCACAAGUAUGAGGUUUGCGGACAAUUACAUGGUGAGCUGACUGUGGAAGGAGAGCCGGAGAAGAAGCUGCUGUUAAGAGGAGUCAGGGAGCAUGCAUGGGGCAUCCGAGACUGGAGCACAUACAACAGAUACAUUGCUAACUGGGGAUAUCUCGAGGAUGGAACAUUCUUCUCCUUUUUGGCAGCAAGUCUUCCCUCACUUGCUUCCCACAUCACUAGCGGAUACAUGGUCUUGCCGAGUGGACAGACACUUGUGCUGAAAUCAAGCGAUCUGCACUUGUCGCGGAUCGGACAGUUCACGCAGCAUCCCGACAAAUUCAGCUUCAACGCUCUUGCCGGCCACCUUGACUGCACUGUUACGGUAGAGAAGAAGCAGGAGCAGAUUCUUUAUGCUGGAGAUAGAUGGAGCGUCAGGAUUCAUGAGCAAUUCACCGAUGUGACGAUCAAUGGAAUCAAGGGCUGGGGCGUUACUGAGUACAUGUACAGUGGAGAUUAUCAAUUAUGUGCACUAAACGACAUUCCACCAAUCUGCCGCAUGUGCUUCCUCAGCAACUGGUUGGUGGUAAAGGGAUCAACUGGCCAACUCCAACUAACUGGCAAGUUCCUGGUUCCAAGAGGAUUUUGCAUGACUGUUGCGGCUUACAAACAUCAUCUGAACGAUAACAGGAACCUGUCUGCCUGCAUUAAAGAACUAGAGGAUGUUGCAUAUCAGAAGAAGAAAGGCAAUCUACAGGAAAUAUCAAAAACCACCGUGGAGAGCUUCACAAAGACAAAGCUGAGUACAUCGUUAGAGACGGCAGUCGUGAAACAGCUGAACGAUCUGUUUAGCGAUGAAUGGAAACAAAACACGUUUGCCGUACGAUCGUCUGCUGUCGGAGAAGAUGGUAGUGAAGCCUCAUUCGCGGGGCAAAUGGAGACAUUUCUAGGGGUCGCAGGCAUAAAGGAGAUUUGCCACGCUAUCAUAAAGUGUUGGGCAUCCUCAUUCACACAGCAAGCUGUUGAGUACAGGAGGAACCACGGUCAGGUUGUCGCAGCAGAUGUUGGCGUCUGCGUGCAAGAGAUGGUGAAGGCAGACGCUGCCGGUGUUCUCUUCACCAGAGAUCCAGUGUCUGGAAACCCUGGCGUCAUGUCCAUCAACGUGUCGUACGGAAUCGGGGAGGUAAAUUGA